AACUUCUGGUUGAUUGGUCCGGAUCGAUCUCAAUCGGGCCGGGUCAAAGAAGCCCAUUUACCAAAACUUGAUUUUCAUCGUCCUCUAAAACCCCUCCAAAUCCCUAAAUUGAGCAAAACCAAAAAUGAUCAGAAGACGACUCCAGCUCAGUUACUCUUCCGACGAAGAAGACGAAGCGCCACCGCAACAGCCGCAACCGUCCACCGCACCUCAACCACCCGUUACCCAAGCCCGUCCCAGCCCCUACCCAUCCGGACCGCUCCCAAUCUCCUCCUCCUCCGACGACGAGGAGUUCAUCGACGUCGCUGACAACCUCUCGCCACCGUCUCCAGAGUUUCCGGAAUCCCAUAAUGUACCGCCGCCUCCACCGAGCUCCGGCGGAUGUCCGAUUGGCGAGUUUCUCCAGGGACUUGGCUUACGGCUGAAGCAGGAGUGGUUGGAUGGCUGCGUUUUGGGGCUACAGCAGUCCGUGCCGGGGUUUCGAAACCUCGACUCGGUGGCGAAGGCCAAGCUUUGCUUCGAGCAGUUCUUGGUCUCCGAUAUGAAUCUCUCCGGCGGCGGCGUGCUCCCUCAGAACGUGGCCUCUCUUCAUCAGGCUGAUCUUCCAGGACCUUAUGUGUUGCAGGUUGAUGAGAUUGUCAACAUGAGCAAUCCAUUGAAGAUCAGGUAUCAGAAAGCUUCCGCAGGGCACAAAAGGUGCCUCAAGCUGUCCAUGACUGACGGUGUCCAACGUGUUUUCGGCAUGGAAUACAGGCCCAUUCAGGCCCUUGAGGCUUUGGCUCCUGCUGGAUUCAAGGUUGUUGUGUGCAAUGUACAUAUACGCCGUGGACUUCUUAUGCUGGUCCCUCAAUCGCUUGAAGUGCUAGGAGGAUUUGUUGAUGAGCUGGAUGCGGCACAAAAAAGGCUUGUGGAGGAGGUGAAUAAGCCACCAAGGGGAAACAGAACUAGGAAUGGAUCAGUUCCGCCUCUAGCUAAUAGGGCAGCCCUUGCCGCCUGGCCUCCUGAUGGUGUUCAUGUUGCUGGACAGGCUAAUCCUUCCACAUUGGAAGCCCCGACUCCCCUUCAGGCGUCUAACCGAGGUGCUGGUAGAAAUAGCAUGCCAAUAACUACCCAAGAGACUGUUCCUCGACGUACAGAACCUGCUGUUUAUCGUCCAUCACCUCGUAUUGAGGAAGAUAUGCCUAUGGAUUCUAUUCCCAAUAGUGGAGAAAAUGUUGUAUCUAACCCAUCUUCUUAUGAUUUUGGUGUUCAGAGACUCAAUAUAAAUACCUUUCCUUAUACUAGUGGAAAUACAAUGCCUAAUACUGCCAUUGCUGACCCACCCAACCUACCUUAUGAGGAUGCUUUGGAUAUUGAAGAGGACAUUGAUAUGGAUGCUGCAUCUAUUAGUAGUGAAACUCAUGGACCUCGUCCGUCGACUUUGGAUGAUUAUGAUGUCCAUCUGGUUAAUGAGGCUGAAGCUUUCCCUUCGUCAGAUGCAAUCAUGAAUGCAGAGGAUACUGAUGUCAUGAAUGAGAUGGAGCACCCACUCCUACUGCUUAGAGAGCGAGAGCCCCCUUUUGUUUACUUAUCUAGUUUGUCUCUCAGGUUGGGAACCAGUAACAUUCAAUCUGUCCGAGGGAAAGUUAAGUGUGUAUUGACUGGUGUCAAGUCUUUCCAAUAUAAGCAGAAAUAUGAUCUCCGGGCAUACAUUGAUGAUGGCGGUAUGAUUUCAGAGAUUCUCAUUGAUCACGAUGUUGUACAGAACAGGAUAGGUCAUUCUCCCGAGGAUGUCAAGGCCUGCCUUUCUUCCCCAGAUAAGGCCAUAGUGUCUAAAAUGAAGGCAAACAUGAAGCAGUUGCAAGUUUUCUUAGCAGAUUUCGAGGGGAUUAUGCUCAUAGAGAUGAGUAGAGGAUCUGAUUUUCCAGUAGCCCUUGAGAUGAAUCAGGGCUGUCCUUCGUCAGAGGCAUGGCUACUUUUGAGGAGACUAAAGGGCUCCCCUCCGACUCAGGCAUCAGAAAGUCACUCAUCACGCCUGGCUCAGGCGUCACAAGGUCUGUCCUCCUGCCCCAUUGAUAUAUCGCCAUAAGCACUGAAUUAGUUUAGGUCAGGCAGCAUUAUGCUGUACUUUAAUUUAUAUGGUAGGAAAGGAUCCAACUGGUGAAUGUUGUGUCAUCCAUUUUACAUCUGUAGAUAGGUUGGUACAUUCUCAGCUCAGUGGAUUACAAACCACAAAUUGAAGACGUAGAUACUAGCUUAGUUUGAGUAGGUGUGCUCAACAAACUGUAGGUAGCUUAUUAAGAUUGUAAAGUACAGAUGUCUACAGUGAUUCUCCAUCUUCGUGGAGGAAAACUUCUUAGUAACAAUC